ACAACAUGGCUGCCACACGAGCUCUCCUUCUGGUGGCGAUCGGCGUCGCGGCGUUUUGCUUACUGGCGACAGCUGCUCCCGCCGAGGAAACAAGGCCGGCGGAGGAGAGUGGCCCAGUCCUGACCGCAGCGGCACCGCCACAGACCGCGGGCAAGACACAGGAAAGCGACGAGUCGAAAGAAAGCGACGAGGACAAGAAGACGAGGAGAGCAGCUGACGACGAUGGUGAUGAUGACGAUGACAGGAGAAAGAGGAGAGCAGCGGGCGACGAUGGUGAUGAUGACGAUGACAGGAGAAAGAGGUCGGCAGAGAGCGCCGAGGACCUCUCCGACUCCAGGGACCUCGACGACAGUGACGAAGAUGGUGCCAGGAAGAGGUCGACAGAGAGCGCCGAGGACCUCUCCGACUCCAGGGACCUCGACGACAGUGACGAGGCUGGUGCCAGGAAGAGGCGUGGAGCAGGAAAGCCCGAAAAGAAACACAAGCGGGCAGCGGCCUCUGACGAUUCGGAUUCAGACUCCGACGACGACUAGGAUGCCACAAUGACGGACCACCACCACCACCACCACCACCACCACCUCAUCAUCACAUGCCACGCCUACUGAAUCUCAUCAUAUGACGUCCCAGCAAACAACUGGUCACAAGG